UAACUCUUUUCAGACUGUAGUUCUAUAGCAUUUUGGGUCCUUCGUUUUGCGGUGUUUUAGAUAUAAUCAGGUGUAAGUACAUUCAUCACUGCUCUUACACUUGACUCUCUGCAUAUGUUGUUAUGUGAGUAUCACCCUGUGUGUGUCCAGAAUGUUUACCUAUCAGUGCUAAGUGCUGUCCUUGCAGAAAGAACAAGUGCAGCAGUUAUAAUCUUUGUGGAAUUAUUAAAUCCCCUCCCCCUCUCCACCCUUCUGAAUCAAUAUUAGACACAUGGAAAUGCGUGUAUACUGUUGCAGAACUCAGUUGAAAUGUUAAAAUCUGGGUAUUGUCAUGCUAUCUUUUGGGAAAACUUCAUCUUAGCUAAAUGAAUCGCGGCGGCCGGGGGGUGGGGGGUGGAAUACUGUUGUUUAGCACCAAAGGGAAAUAAUAGCUUUCUUUAAAAGAGAAUGAUAUGAAGUAAAAAAGCUCAGUGGUAUAGCUUUUACUUAGCAUAUGAAUUAUUCAGACACCCCCCCCCUUUGCUGACAGAAUACCUUUGAACAAAUUUAGAAUCAUGCAACCGAAUCCUAUGACUUUUACUCAGAAUUAAGUCCUAUUGAGUUCAGUGGGCCUUACUCCCAAGUAACUGUUCCUAGGAUUGCAGUCUUUUGUUGUUGUUAUUUAGUCGUUUAGUCGUGUCCGACUCUUCGUGACCCCAUGGACCAGAGCACACCAGGCACUCCUGUCUUCCACUGCCUCCUGCAGUUUGGUAGAAAUUGCAGUCUUAGAUGCUUAAAAAUUUACUAUUUUUCACCAGCUUCUUUCUUAGCUUUGUUGUCAUUCAUGUUCAUAAAAUACACGUGAACAAAAGCCAUUAAAUGAUAGAUGCUAGAAUUCUGAUAAGUUUUUUUGUGGGGUGGCGUGGGGAUAUUUUCAACAUUAUUGUUUAUAUUUGUAGUUCUGAUGUUUUCUUACGCUGUGCUUUGAAGAAUUUGUACCAAGCAGUUCAUUCAUGCCGCAUGAAUUGGCAUAGAUUGUGAUUUAGUGUUAUCAACAUACAGUUGAAGGUGUGCAUUAUUCCAGCUGUAGGUAAAUAAAAUGUGUUUUGUCUCUAUAUGUAGGAGGGAAGGAAUAAAUGAUGCACUGCUUAUCAAGUGCAAAUGACUGGCCAAGCCAUUUGAAUUUUUGUUCAUAUGCAUGUGCCAUAAUACACAUUGAUAGCUUUCUUUCCAGUAAAUGAUUUAGAGAAGCUGGAUAGGCUUAGCACUUAGCACUCUACCUUCCUGAAUCAUGCUCCAAACAAUGACUAAUCCUCUCAGCACUUCUAGAGGAAAGUCAUGCACAUUAUUUAGUUUCGACAAAGCAUUUACAAAGCAAAAUGCAUAUUGGGUGAAGAACUCAUGCUAUGGAACCUACAUUAAUCAUUUUUUUUUUGCACCCUGUUCUCGGUUUCCAUAGUAUCAUAUGUAGUUCAUGUAAUGCAAAUGCUUGAUUCCUCUGGGUUCCAAUGUUCUAGGGCCUGGGGACACGCUUGGAAAUCUAAAAAUCACGAAAUUCCCAUUUCACAGAAGAAAAACCAGAAAUGGUUAGACACCUCCACUCACAACAGGCAAAACACCCACAACCUCCAAAACAAAACAAAACAAAACAAAACACCACAGGCAAUUAUCCUUCUCCAACCCCCCCCCAAUAAAAACAAGGCAAGCACACACCUCUGAAAAAAAACAAUAACAGAAAAAACUUCUGGGAGAGCCACCUCUAACCAAAAAUCAUGAAAACCUCCCCCAACAGCCAAAUAAAUAAAGUGGACAGAACACCCACAUGGGACCCAGAGGCAAUCUGGGAAAAGGGAGAUAUGAGGGUGGGGUGGGGGCUAGAUGCCUCACUUAGCAACACAGCAUUACCUAAGGGAUUAAAACACACACACACACACACACUUAAAAAAUAAAAAUAAAAUAAAAGGUUCAGGUACUCUGUGUUGGGGACCCUAGCUUUAUCCACUAAAAACUCACGCUUUCACAGUUAACUAAGCAAAUGUACCGGUACUAUUAUUCCUAUUUUUAAAAAAAUAAAAUGAAUUAGAAGAACUAAACUGUUGGUCCACAAUAACACAGCCUGUUCACCUCUUUCUUGAAAGCGUGUAUCAAAUGCAUCAAAUGUAUCAAAUGCAAAAUAUCAUUUAGGGCUUUGCCUUUAGUAUGUUCACAUUACCACUUACUACAUCUGGUGUGCUUCCAUCCGCUAAUUUUUGAAGCCACAUUCACAAGACGUUAGCCACAACCCAUAGCAAACCUGUAGCCUAUUGAUAAAUACUGCUGCUCAGUGCAUUGUUUCUGAAACCAGCUUCAAUGUGUAUGGGAACUGGAUGCUGCAUAACCGGUAAUGUGAACAUAUCCUUAACAGUUGUUGCGCCGGUGCGGUAGAGCACAUAAACGCCUAAUGACAGGAAUUACAGGGGCAAGGAAACAAGAAGGCCAUGUGUAUCUGGUGAAGACAUCUCCGCCCCUCUCUGCUGCGAACAACUCUCUGCAAAUGCGACUUGAAACUGUGUUUCAAGCUGCUAAUGUGAACAUGGAAGUAGGUAGGUUAUAUUGAGUUCAGUGUAACUUUUCUCCAAGCAAACAUGCUAGGAAUUUCAGCCUAAGUUGUAUUUCUGUGCAUAGAAGUGAAUAGAAAUGGGCUGUGGGACGGAACUGCUUUAAAAAUGUUCUAGUAAUGCUCUGAGUGAAACAGCAAUCAGGUUUUACAAAUUCUUUGUACUAAAGCUAUUAAAACUUGAUGCAUUUUCAUUUCUUCUUGCUGUCAGGAGUCUGUGGGUGUCUCGCCUAAAUUAUAGUCAUAUGCAGACAUAACCUUUUCCAAGGUUCAACUUAGUUUGAGUAUUGGGGACUGGACUACAGAAAACCAAAAUUUCUUAAUUGAAAUAACAAUUAAGAACACUGUUCCAUAGAUAGUGAACGAUUUAAUGCUAUUUUAAGAAUGUGCAUUGUGUUAAUUCUCUUGGGACUUCCUAGCACUUUUGAAACAUCAUGAAUUGAAGGUGGUACAGCCAGAUAAGCAGCUUUAAGGAAGUUUCUCGUUUAUUUUAGGAAGGUAUAAACAUUGCAUUGGAGAUAGUGAUAGGGGAGAAAUUCAAUCCAGUUUGCAUUUAAACAUGAACUUUUAAAAUCUGCACUUUUUGAAACAACAUGCAAACCAAAACACAUUUCUUUGAAUUUUGCAAUUCGGUUCAUCCGCCAAGUAAUGUGUACAAAGAAAGCACAUACUAGGGUAAAGCAUAUAUAAAUUCAUAUAUUAGUGAAAACAACAUUAUAAUACAUUAUAUUUGGGGACAUUGUAGAAACGUGCGUAUUUGGAAGAAUUGCAUGCAAUUAUUAAGGAAAAAUUUGGAUAAAUUUGCACUGAAAUGUUGAUGGAUUUUCAUGAGGACUUAAAAAAAAGUUGCAAGCCUAUGUGGAAAUGUGGAGAACUGGGAAAAAAAAGAGAAACUGAAAUAAACUGAAAUUGACAUAUUCUCCCAAGCCUAGUUGGAGAUCAGCAGAAGUGAAGGGAAUAAAGAUUCUGUUCUCUUAAGUUAAUAAAAGCAGUAGUCAGUGUACCGUAGUUGCUCUAUUGGUGUCAGUAACUUUCAAUUCUUGCAGUUCAGACCCUUAACUCUAAAAUAUAAAAAGGUUUUGAUUUAAAAAAUCUGUAAUUGCAUUUCAUUUUCUAAUAGAAAUCUUUGUUGAUUUUCCACAAAUUAUAAACAUAACAAUAUUUCAUUUUGUUGAAGUAUAAAAAGGUUUGAACUGUGGUCGGGAGGGCAAAUGCUUAGGAUUUCCAGUUGAAAUACAAACUCAUUGUCAUUUAGACCAAAACUUGGCUGCUUUAUAGAUGCAAAGCCUAUAAGGUAGAUAGAUAUUGUGGAAAUCUUGUCUUGGCACUUAAAAUGAGUCCUGAGCUUAUUCUUCCUGACAGUAAUUCUGUCUAGGGAUUUUUUGUUUUUGUCAGGAGUGGAAUUCUUGGACUCCCCCCCCCCCCCAGUAUUGCAUUUGCUGGCCAAAUUUGAAAAUAGUACAAGCGUGAUUUGUGAAGACAAUUGUAUUAAAUUUUAACUAUUGUGUUGGGAUUGAGCUGGGAGUCUAACAUGUAGACCAUGAUGAAAACACAGGAAUCUCAGAUUUUCAUUUUAAAUGGAGAAAUUGCUUGUCUCUCAUAACAUAAAAACUAAAAAACAGUAGGUUACUGUUACAUGUUUUUAAAUGGCUCUUUAAUGAGUUUCGCUUCUCUUAGCAGGGCAUUGUCCUUCAGGUCUCCAUGGCAAUACCUAUUUGGCACUGCUGCUCUACAGUUUUUGUAGCUAGGGAAAGGUUGCUGGGUCUUUCAGCAACACCCAUGUAAUUGAAAUAGAGCAAGGACUUGGCAGAAGGCAAACCAGCUAUGCUCCCUACAAGAUUCAGAAGGAAACGUGCUUAAGAACUACCAACUGCUGAAGGUAACACUGAGCAUGCACCGGCUUAUUAUCUCCUCCACCGAGAUGCUGCGAAAACUUAUUGAUCUAUAUCUGGAUGCUUUGGAAAAUAAUUCUUCUUUGCUUUGCUAUAAAAUAUGUUACCUUGUAAGGUAUUGGAUAAGAGAAUUCUGGGUCAUGUUCAAAACAGAUUCCAAUCUUACAAACGCCAUGGAGGAAUUUCAAGAAUUGGUGAGAGUUAAUGGUGAGGAGUUGCACUGUCGCCUAAUUGACACAUCUCAAAUAAAUGCUCGAGAGUGGUCCAGAAAGAUCACACAGCGGAUAAAAUCUAACAGCAGUAAGAAACGAAAAGUGUCGCUACUCUUUGAUCACUUGGAACCAGAGGAAUUGUCAGACCACCUCACUUACCUUGAAUUCAAAUCCUUCCGGCGGAUAUCACUUCCAGAUUAUCAGAACUACAUCAUGAAUGGGUGUGUGAAGGACAAUCCAACCAUGGAACGCUCAAUUGCUCUUUGUAACGGUAUCUCCCAGUGGGUGCAGCUAAUGGUACUCAAUAGGCCGACACCGCAGCUUCGAGCAGAAGUAUUCAUCAAAUUCAUUCAUGUGGCCCAGAAACUUCAUCAGUUGCAGAAUUUUAAUACAUUAAUGGCUGUGAUAGGUGGCCUUUGCCAUAGUUCCAUCUCUAGACUUAAAGAAACAAGUUCUCACGUGCCUCAUGAUAUUCAUAAGGUGUUUAAUGAAAUGACAGAACUGCUAUCAUCUUGUAGGAACUAUGAUAAUUAUCGACGUGCUUACAGCGAGUGCAGUAACUUUAAGAUCCCUAUCCUUGGAGUACAUCUAAAAGACUUGAUCUCCCUUUAUGAGGCCAUGCCAGAUUACUUGGAAGACAAAAAAGUUAAUAUACAUAAAUUGUAUUCUUUGUAUAAUCAUGUCAAUGAACUGAUACAACUGCAAGAGGUAGGCCCUCCCCUGGAAGCUAACAAGGAUCUUGUUCAUCUACUCACACUGUCCCUUGAUCUUUACUACACGGAAGAUGAAAUCUAUGAACUUUCAUAUGCACGAGAGCCAAAAAGUCACCGGGCUGCACCUUUGACGCCUUCUAAACCGCCAGUAGUGGCAGACUGGGCCUCUGGUGUAGCCCCAAAACCUGACCCAAAGAUCAUUAGCAAACACGUUCAGAGAAUGGUAGAUUCUGUUUUCAAAAAUUACGACCAUGAUCUGGAUGGGUACAUUUCUCAGGAAGAAUUUGAGAAGAUUGCAGCAAGCUUUCCUUUCUCGUUUUGUGUAAUGGACAAGGACAGGGAAGGUCUGAUUAGCAGGGAUGAAAUCACAGCUUAUUUCAUGAGGGCCAGCUCAAUCUAUUCUAAACUAGGCCUUGGCUUCGCCCACAACUUCCAAGAGACCACUUACCUGAAGCCUACGUUCUGUGACAACUGCGCUGGAUUUCUCUGGGGCGUUAUUAAACAAGGAUAUAGAUGCAAAGAUUGUGGAAUGAACUGCCACAAGCAAUGCAAAGAUCUGGUUGUAUUUGAAUGCAAGAGAAGAGCCAAAGUCCCAGCAGUAGACAACAGCCCUGCUUCAGCCCUUGCAUCUAGUCUUUGUCCCAUGGGGCUCAAAGAGCACAUGCAUGGUCUGGAGGAGGGAGGAUUUCCAUUUCCUAAUGGAGAAGUUGUGGAGCACAGCGAAGGCAGCAAAGACAGAACUAUUAUGCUUAUGGGGGUGUCAGCUCAAAAGAUCUCAGUGAGGCUAAAGCCAUCUGUGGUACACAAGAGUACACAAACUGACUUAGUGGUGGCACAUAGUGAUGGGCUUCCUGGGCAACAGACAGAGCCAGGAACGCUACCUGAAAACACUCUUCUGCAGCCUACUCCGCUGUCGCCGUGUCCAAGCCCGGUUCUUAGCCGUAAAAAGGCGUAUGUGAAAUGGGAAAACAAGGACUGCAGUCAAAAAGCAAAGCAGGAGCCCUGUGCUCUAAAACCCACAUACCAGGAAUUAGAGCAGGAGAGAAACAUCCUUACAACAGAGAAUGAAGCUUUAAAGCUACGGCUUAAACAGGCACAUAAGAAAAUUGAAUUCCUCAGCAUUCGAAGAAACCACAUAUUGGACAGCAGGGAACAUGGAGACUGCUUGUAGCCAGGAGGACAGUAAAGGCAAUGGGACCUUUGACGGUGAUGCAUUCAAACGUAUGCAGAGUGGCAAGUUUUUAAACAGGUAUUCCUGUUCAGUCUUCCCUGUCCUGCCUGAUAUUAGUACUUGUGGGCAUAUGCAUGCCUUGUCAACAGGUUUGAAACAUUUUGCCCUUUGUUUGGCGGGAAUGACAGCAUUUGGAAUUAUGGCAAGAGUUACUCUUGCUGCCUUCAUAACAAGGGGUGGAAUUCAGUGUAGCUCUCAGUGUGCAUGGCAAACAAGGUUCACACACACAACGGUCCCAAAAUCUGCUCAUGGACCACACACACACCCAAAACAAAUCUACUCCAGAAUAUCUCACAAGCAUUUGGAGCAGAUUUUGAGGGCAUGAGGCGGGGUGGGGUGGGGGGGUGGGCUGACUGCAGGCAGUAGGAAAGGAAGAGGGGAAGCUUUAUUGUGUGCGCAGGCGCCUGUUACAUGAAUGACACUUCUGUGCUGGAUACACCCCCUACCUCUACAGCCAACCUUACUGCCCUUGGAGGGUUGGCAUAAUUAAGAUUAAUAAUUCAAAACUGUAGCCCUGCACAAUCAAUACGUAUUAGUUAUACCUGAGGACAAAUACCUGUUUCCCCUUUUUUAAUACGUAGUCAUAAAGUAAGCCAUGGCAGGGGUUUAAGCAUUUGAGAAAUAUAAGACAUACCCCGAAAAUAAGCCAUACUUCCGCGCCGCGGAAACCAAUCCCCACAGGCACCUCCACUCACAGAGUCACUCCAUGCGGCCGGCACUGCAGGAGUGCGAUCAGCUGUGAAGCGGCACUCCAAGAGCUCCGCUUAACAGCUGAUUGCGCUUCCGACUUGCUUGCUGCAUCCCCGCGCUCCGCCUUCUUGUCCACCGCCGUCCCUGCCGCUUCCGUGCUUGCCGCCACCACUGGGCUCACUGCUUCCUUGCCUGGCCCAGCUAAGGAG